UAUUUGAAGCAGAAGCAUGCCGCCUGUGAAAACCAAAGACAAAGGUAACAAUCGGAAGAGGCCGAUGGGUUCGCCAGCUCGGGCAAAGGGGAGAAAAAAUCGUCGCACUCGAAGCCCCGCUGAGGCACAGUCACAGUGUCCGGAGGAGGUACCAGUUCCUGAGGAGCCCCAAGGCCAUCCCCCCGCAGACGUGAGCAUCUCGACAACCGACACCCCGGGUGAGUCACUCGUUCAAAUGGCAGGUUUACCACAGCAGCAAACUUGCUCAGCGGACAGUAUAGCCGCUCAUGUACCUCAUAAACUUAAAUUAAAAAUAUGGGAGGGGCAAUUUGUAAAUCUUUCUCUCUUGCUAAAGUCGGCCACGGAAUUAGAUGAAUGGGAUUCACAAGGGGAAGUCCACUUUAAAAAUGGCCGUUUAUGUGUUGUUAAGCGAAAACAGAACUCGCAAUUAAGUAUAGAAAAGUGGACUUCAGCUAACAUGAUUUACACGAGUAUCAUUUUCGAACACAGUGAGGCAAAAGCUCAAGAAAUGCUAAAAUAUAUGCGAGAUAUCCGCCUGGCAGCUAGUCGUUCGUAUAAUUGGUAUAAGUACGACGAACAAUUUCGACUACGUAGAGUAUCAAACCCAACGAUGUCGUGGGGGGAAAUCCAUAGUGAAUUCUGGCUUAUGUAUGUCAGCAACCAAUCAAAUUUCAAUUAUACUUCACAGCCACAAGAAUAUGCACAUGCUAAUUUAGGUCAAUAUUCCAAGAACACAACACAACAUUUCCCCCCUAAAACAACACAGACAAGUGCCAAAUAUCCUUUAAGCUGUAAUAUAUACAACCAGGGUAAAUUCUGUACUUUCUUCCCCAGAUGCCGUUACAGCCACACUUGCAGUCAGUGCAGAGGAAAUCAUCCCAGAGUCAACUGCGCAAGGAAAUAAACAUCUCUAUACAUUAGGGCAUACUCCUAUUAAAUUUGAUUCACUUAAAAAGCAUUUACAAGGUUAUGAACAUUCUCAAUUUCUGUUCCAGGGUUUUAAAUUUGGGUUUAGACUGCAGUACCUGGGUCCUAGGAGAGCACGGUUAAGUAAAAACCUCCCAAGUUUGUACAAAAAUUUGCCCACAGCACAGCAAAAAAUCAAAAAAGAAUUACAACUCAACCGCGUAGCUGGGCCUUUCCCACAACCCCCCUUUUUAAACCCUCAAGUGUCACCAUUGGGUUUGGUCCCUAAAAAAGAUGGGGACAUGAGGUUAAUACAUCACUUAUCAUACCCUCAUGAAGAUUCAGUAAAUUUUUUCAUAGAUUCCACAGAAUGUUCAGUCAAAUAUUCGAGUAUUGACGAGGCGGCAGAAAUGAUUGCAGAGCUAGGGAAGGGAACUUUUUUGGCAAAGUCAGACAUAAAAUCUGCCUUUAGGCUUCUACCUAUUUCCCCAGCUGAUUUUGAUCUGUUAGGCUUUAAGUUAGAAGGGUUCUUUUAUUUUGACAAAAUGGUCCCAUUCGGUUCCUCAAUAAGCUGUGCGCUU